AUCGGCCCACACCAAAAGUACCACCGCAAAGCUAUUCAGUUUCAGUCGAUAAGGUAAAGCUAUAUCAGAUAGUCGGAUUGCAUAUAGCCAUGUGCUUUAAAUCAGCAGUGGUGUAACAAUAAAAACAAUUCAAUAACUUGACUCAAGAAAUAAAAACACAGUUUGUUUAUUUAAUUCAAUAACUGUGAAUUAGAGAUAAAUAGCACAUUUAAUUGAAAACUCACAAAUGCAAUAUUAGCGUUGGUGUUGCAUUUAAGCAAAAAAAAAAGAAAAAUGGAAAACGGCAAACAUAUAAAAAGUGAUUCUAAUUUUGCAAAGUCAGUGUCAACGGAAGACACAGUAAAAGAAGAAAAUCCAGAGGCAGUUAAAUAUUUGGAACAUCUGUUGAAAGACGGAGCUGUAGAAGAAGACGAUGGACGCGAUUUAGAGUUACCGCCGUGGUAUGACGAGAAGUUAUUUAAAAAUGGCCAACGAUACAUGAAAAAGUACCACUUUGUUAUUUUUUCUGGUAUGCUCAGUGGACUUGUAGCUGUCUUAGCUAUUCCAUCAAUUUUAAAUGUUCUCAUCUGCACUCGCCAAUCUUCUACACCAGCUACAGCAUACCGGCGUUAUGCUCGGACCAUAUUCCAUGUUUUGGCGUGGUAUGAUUAUCCACUUCAAAAAGGAUCAAAAUUCUGGGAAAGCUUAAAUAUGGUUCGAAAAGCUCACCUACGUUCCAGCAGAGCAUGUGGAAAGCUGAAAGUCGGUGGAAUAACUCAAAAAGAUAUGGCCCUUACGCAGUUUGGUUUUAUUGGAUUUAUAACUUUGGGUGCACCAAGAAUAAGACUCUACGAUCAGGACUUUCUCGAAGGAACUUCACACAUGUGGAGAGUUCUGGGCUACCUGUUGGGUAUUAAAGAUGAAUAUAAUAUUUGUGGUGAAAAUUGGGAAGUCACUAAGAUGCGCUUGGACAUUGCGAUGCGUAAAGUAUAUCGACCAGCCCUAGAUAAUGCAUCCCCAGAUUUCUUUCAAAUGACAAAAUCACUUUUAAAUGGUUUAAAGCCAGUUAAUAUGAUGCUCACUCCAGGAUCGUUUAUUUUUUUCACCAAAAGAUUGGCCUAUUGUAAAGGUUAUGAAUAUUACGAUGAAGAUUUCCCCAAUAAAGUACGAAUUCCAAACCAAAAGCAGUAUUUCAACGACCUUGGAUGGUGGGAUCGCUUUCUUGUAAGCUAUGGAUUAUUUUUAGUCACCUAUUUGCAUCAAUAUUCAAUUGUCAGAUGGUAUCUGAAUCUUCGAGUUUGGGUAAUACAAUUUCUAAUGUAUUAUUUCCCGAUUGGAGCAUUUUUCAAAUAUGGUAUAAAGUGGUCUUAUGUAAGAAUUUUCGCAUCGUCAUCAGAAUAUGAUACACACGAUGACUAAUCAGUAAAUUUUUUUUUUUGAAGAAUGUCGACAGUAAUAAAGUGCCUUUUUAUAUUGUUUA